CAUGCGCACUGUGUAAUAGUGCAGUUGAUGGUUCAUCGGGCUGCUAGUGUGUGUCUGAGCUCACUGGAUCCCGAUCAGCUGCACUUCUCUGUGUGCGUUAGUGCAGCUGGAAGUUUUGCUGUUCGGUCAAGGGAUAAUAUUAAAGCUCUUCGUCAUAAAUAUGUCUACAAACAAAGUGAAGAAAGUGAAGAUGGCCACAAAAUCAUGCCCGGAGUGUGACCAACAGAUUCCUGUGGCUUGUAAAUCCUGUCCUUGUGGCUACGUCUUCAUCAGCCGAAAGCUGCUCAAUGCCAAAUUAAAUGAGAGAUCUCCAGUGAUGGACCAAUUGGAUGCCAAAAGAAGACGAACAGAAAGAAUAAGAAAAGAGAAGAUAAAUUUAUCAUCUUCCAGUGAUAUGGAAAAUAGGAGGCGAUCCCGCUCCAACAGUCAGUCAGAUCCAAUCCGCAGAGGACGAGGCAGACCGAAAACUGUUGGGCUGAAGAAGCAGGAGGAAGAAAUAGAAAAACAGGAAAAGGAGGUUGACAUUUAUGCCAACCUCUCAGAUGAGAAGGCUUUUGUGUUCUCGGUGGCCUUGGCCGAGAUUAACCGCAAAAUUCUGGGCCAGAGACUCAUCCUGUAACAAGCGUUGGAAACAAUUGCAGCUGAAACUCAGGGCUCUUACAACGUGGGUGUGCAGAUGUCCCAUAUGUCUAUGUAAAAGCGGUUGGGGAAACUCUGACCCGAAGAAGCUUAAACCCCUGUGUGGCCGAAGCUCAGCUCAGUGGUGCUACCGUGAAUUGGUGGAUUUCAGACACCGUCUCUCUGCAUAUGAGGGGAAAAAUGACUGUUAUCCUCGACUUGAGUGAGAGAACUGUAGUACUCAUUAGCGGUGUAGGAUUCUAUCUAUUUUAAUGACAAUUUUAUGGAAUGUAUUCAAUGUUCCUACCAGUUGUUUCUUAAAAUUUUUAAGCUGUUUAUUGGGGGAUGGGGUUGACCAAAAGAACAAUUUGUGUGCAAAUUAUGUCUGGCACCAUUAUUCCGACUUGUAAGCUGAUCAAUUCCAUUUUCUUUAUUUAGGUGCCAGUGAGCCAUAUUAUUUUACAAGUAACCAAGUGGGAGCUGAACCCAAAUGGAAAUGGCAGAUUAAUGGUUAUUUAUUAUGCCUCAACCAUCUUAAUUUAAGCGUGUUUAUUUUCCCUUUUGUUAUUGUUUGAUAAAUGGUAACAAAGUGAAUGUGUAAUAUUCACCCUGUAUAUGGAUAUAUUAAAAUUAUUUGCAUUUA